GGGCGCGCGAGGCUCCUUGUACGACAUACUCUAAAUGCGAUUGACUUCAUGUUGGUUCUUCCAAAUCCAUAUCAGCUCGAUUUAAGAGCAGGGCAAUGUGCUAUGGCGUGUAGCAAAUCCCAGUCGGAUUGUGGUUCCCCAGAUGCCACAACUGUUAUAGUUCAUAGUCUUAUGUGCCAUCGACAAAGUGGCGAAUCGGAAGAGUUUGCGAGACGUGCAAUCGAGAGUUUGGUGAAGAAACUGAAGGAAAGACAAGAGGAUCUAGAGUCUCUUAUAACAGCGAUAACGACGAACGGUAGUCAACCUAGUAAAUGUGUUACUAUACAGAGGACAUUAGAUGGGCGUAUGCAGAUUGCUGGCCGUAAGUGUCUCCCGCAUGUUAUUUAUUCACGUAUUUGGCGAUGGCCGGAUCUACAUCGCAACGAGUUAAAGCAUUCUAAAGAUUGUUCCUUCGGCUUCGAAUUAAAGCAGGAUUAUGUUUGUAUCAAUCCGUAUCACUAUGAAAGGAUUGUCUCGCCGGUUGACAUGGCCGCUCUCAGUUUGAGUCCUGUUGAGGAAAAGGAUGAUGUGUGCAGUGAUACAGGGAGUGAGUCCAACUGUCCGGAGUCUUUAGUUUCUGGAUUCAAAGGAACUCAAAUAGGUGACAUGGAGUCAUGUUUGUCAAGUAUUACCACCAACGAAGGAAACAGUCAUAUCAUUUCAGGACCAUCUUCCGCUCGACCUCGCCUUACUGUUCUCGAUCUGCUUGAUGAUCGAAUGCCUCACUCAGGUUCAAGAGGUCAAGAAUAUGAUCCCACACAGGAUCUAUCAUCUCCACAAAGUGAUUCAACCUCAGCAAACACAUCAAGCAUUCCAGCGUUGAGAGUUAAUCCAACCCCACAUUUAGAUAGGGGGCAAAGUACAAUGGCAUGGUCAGGAGUAGCCAGUCCAAAUCAUCCAUACACAUUUUUUCAAUCUGCUAAUAAAUUCCCCUCCAAGGAUAGUCUUUUGGGAUCUGUGAGUACAGCUACAUCAGGCGAAACAUAUGAAUAUUGUAACUCAGUACCAGUGACUACUCUCGGGACCGACAUAAUGGAUACAUUCACAUGUAAAACCACACCACUCUCUCACUUUACACAAGUUCAAGCUAACGAUUCAGAGAGCAGCUAUAUUUCAUCUGCGUUGUCAUCAAACCCAACUGCAAUCUGUCUGUCAGGAAACACUAAUGGCGGAGUUAAUAACAGUUCUAAUAAGCGUAGUGGUGGUUCCACUGGAGCGACUGGAGGUUGUAGUACUGGUGGUUCCGGUUUUGGUGGCUCUGCACCAUGUGGUGGAGCCGGCGGUGCAGCGGGUGCUGGUGGUGGAGGAUGGGGUAACCGUAGGGGUCCUCCCGCUCCACCUUUUACCCCCUCUGGAUCUCUACUUCAACCCUUACCAGUCUUAACUACACAACGACCCCCUGAAUACUGGUGUAAUAUCGCCUACUUUGAGCUGGAUCAACAAGUUGGGGAAUUGUUUAAAGUUCCCAGCCAGUACUCCCGUGUGACUGUUGAUGGGUACACAGACCCUUCUAGUCCAAACCGGUUUUGUCUUGGACAACUGUCAAAUGUCCACAGGUCAGAACAAUCUGAAAAGUCUCGACUUUAUAUUGGCAAAGGUGUAGAGUUGGAUAAUGUUGGAGAAGGUGAUGUAUGGAUUCGCUGUCUUUCAGAAUUCUCUGUGUUUGUUCAAAGCUACUAUUUAGAUCGUGAAGCCGGCCGUGCUCCUGGAGACGCUGUUCAUAAGAUAUACCCGGGUGCAUAUAUCAAAGUUUUCGAUAUUAGACAGUGUCAUGAAGAAAUGAAGUCUCUUGCUCAAUCUUCUCAUGCCGCUGCUGUACGCCAGGCUGCAGCUGUUGUUGGGUCACCAACAACAAGCGAUCUGUUAUCUCAGCUUCCAGGGGCACUACCUCUAGGUUCUGGUCAGUCAACUCCAGGUUCCGUACCCGGUAUAUUAGGUACAGGAGCGUCAAUCAUGGCCACUGCUGGUGUAGGUGUAGAUGAUCUGAGGCGUCUAUGUAUGCUUCGAUUGAGUUUUGUGAAAGGAUGGGGACCUGAUUAUCCUCGACGUAGUAUCAAAGAAACACCAUGCUGGAUAGAAAUACAGUUGCACAGACCCUUGCAAUUACUGGAUGAAGUCUUGCAGGCUAUGCCUCUUAACGACCUGAAACCAACGAGACAUUUCUUUUCCUAUUUCCCACAACCAUCUGGUUGUAAUACAGUCAGACCAACAGCAGCAAAACGCGUAUAGAGAUAGAGACAGGAUUAAUUAAUCUUCCUUCCUUUCUCUUUUUAAUGCAAGAUUCAAACUUUUAUUUUAAUUAAUCUAAUUCUUUGUACUUUUAAGCCCCUUGUCGAUGGUUUGUUGCAUAUUUUUCAGUCAGUGCAUCGGUCCCAAUCAUUUCAUCCACUCUUCAAUUCUAAGUCAACUGUUUAACUUCGUAACUUUUGCAAACAAAACAUCAGGUAUCUUAUAAUAUUAUUUUUUUUUCUUUUUUGUAUGUACCCGCUAGAAUAAGUUUAACAUCUGCUCAACAUAUUUCCAACUGUAAUUCUUUUCUCAUUUUUACAUACACACUCAUUGUUUAUAAAUAUCAUCUGUGCGCCUUUUACCAGGUAAUUUUAAUAUUGUUUUUUUUUUAAAAGAAAGUCUUGCGUGUAUCUACAUUUGAGUUAUCACCCUUGUUGACGUUGUCGAUUUCGUCUACAGCUGAUUAGUAUGCGGUUUGUGUGCAGUUUAUUAUUUGUAAGAUGAUAUGAGAGACGAUUAUCUUGUUUUGUGACGCUUUGAGUGGAAGAAAUGAUUUUUUUAAAAAAAAGCUUUUAACUUCGUGAGUAUGAAGCAAAAAACCCCGUUUAUCUUUAUAAAUUGUUUAUAUGAUUUUAAGUUUUCCACUUAUUGGAGAUCUUUGUAAAUCAAAAGUUUAUCACCCCUUGUUGUUUUUAAUUUUUGGUUUUUACUUCGUUUUGCUUUAUUUUUCUCUACUUUAAUUGUUGAUUUUUAGGCAUACAAAUACGUUUAGACGCUUGUCUCUCUACUACUAAUUCUCUUAAUUACUUGACUUAUGCAUCUGUGUACUCCAAUAAAUUUUCAAUGAUAUUCUAAAGAAAUUCUUUCAAUAACUACCAUUAGUCAGCUCCACUCAACAAUUAUGUAAGAGAAAAUGGAGACGGAUCGGGCACACAUUGAGGAAACAGUCGAAUGACAUCGCGCGCCAGGCCCUCGUGUGGAAUCUUAGUGGGAAGCGACGAGUGGAUCGUCCUAGGAUGACAUGGAGGAGAGAUUUGUGGGCAGUCGUGGUCCAAGUUGAAGAGGAUGGCAGAAGAUAGGAUAAAGUGGAGAUAUGUUACUGAAGCCCUAUGUUCCACUUGGAA